AGGGUCGAUUUUUGCCUGAUUAGUUAUGUUAUUAUAGUUAAAACAAUAAAAUAUGUUGUACCAACCGGAGGAUGAUCAAAACACAGGACCUUCAGUUGACUCUGUUGACCCAGAGGAGAGAAUUAAAGCAAGAAGAGAGAGGAUCAAGAAGAGAAUUGAACAAGUGAAACGUGAAGCCCUGGGUGAAGAUGCAGUGGUUGAAAAGGAAGUCAGCUCAGAUAUUGGGAAAGGGAAAGAACAAGUUGAACUCAGCAGGACCAGGCUCGAAAAACUAAGAAAUGAUGGACUUGAGUUGGUCACGAAUGUUGCUAUGGCUGGAGAUGCGAGGGAAAUGCAACACAGGAUUCAGGAGGCAGAGUUUAAGCAUACAAGGGUGGAAAAGCUUGAAGCUGAGGCUAAAACCUCAUCAGAGAAAUUUGAUGACAUCAGUCGUCGAUGGUCUGCCACCCAGAUGAAAGAAAUACCUCACGAUCUCCAUGAGAUGCUAGUGGAACAAACACAAGCUUGUGAUACAGUUAUUGACGAGAAGAAUAAUUUGAUAAACCAGCUACAAAUGGAGUUAUAACAGAAAGAUGAUGAAUACGUUAAAGAUUUGAAGAAACAAUCAGAGGAUGUUGAUCUUAUGAUUGAACGAAUGGAAGAACAAGUUAAAAACCUCACCAAGUCUUAUAGAGAUGAACUUAUACAGAUUGAGAACUCCUUCAUGGAAGAGAGAGGAAUGGUUUUAAAAAACAAUCGAAGCAAAUGGGAUGGAACGAUGACACAGAGGAGAGAAAGAGAAGAAGAAUAUUUAAAGAUGAGGUUUAAGAGAGUGGAAGAUCAUGAAGCGCAACUUGACUCGCUUAGAACCCAUGACACCGAGGAAUAUAAUAUGGUCAAGAUUAAGCUAGAAACUGAUGUGCAGAUUCUGGAGCAGCAGUUGCAGCAAAUGAAAGCAACUUAUCAACUUAACCAAGAAAAACUUGAAUAUAAUUUCCAAGUCUUGAAGAAACGUGAUGAAGAAAAUACAAUUACAAAAUCGCAACAAAAACGGAAAAUUACAAGGUUGCAAGACACAUUGAACAGUUUCCGACUGAAGCUUGCUAAGCAGGAGAAACAUUAUAAAGAAGAAAACCAAAGUUUGGUUGAUGAAUAUAAAAGGAUUGCUGACCAAUAUAAAGAACUGCACAAAAAAAUGAAACAUUUUUCUGCCACUGACUGGAAGAAGUUUGAAAGCAUUUGGAAAAUGAAUGAAGAAGAAGUAAAAGAUCUUGUGAAGCAAGUAUUGAAAGCAGACCAAACUAUUCAUGAACAACAACUUGGACUACAGUGGCAUCAACCUAAUGUUUCCUUACAGUUAACUGGCCCAUUGGAAACACAAGAGCAAGACCCGAGACCAAGCGCUCAUUCUUAUGCAAAGGAAAUUGUAACAGCAGCUGCUAACCUUGGUUCAGAUGCUGAUGAGAGUAAAGUAAAAAUAACACCAGAGAGUAAUUUAUCCCUCGGAUUGGUGAAGCAGCUCCUGGAGGUUCUUUGUGAUGAGGGAGGAUUCCUGAUGGAGGAAAAGCUCAACAAACUCCUUCAGCCUCUGCAGAGUGAAGAGCGAUCACUGAUAAGACUGGAUGCAAUAUUUAAAGCAUUAAACAUUGAAACAGAGGAUGAUGUGAACAAAUUGUCAAACUAUUUCCAUGAACGUUUCGCACCAUUAAGCAGCAACAAUGAUACAAUGGGCGUUGCAUCUGUUCAUCCAAACCAAGUUCUUCAAGUUUUGAAAGAUUUUGUUGAGGAACAUAUCAAGCCUGUUAAAGAGAGACAGAAGUCGAUUAUGAAAAACAAUAAUUGCACGAUGAGUGAUCGAGAUUCUUCUAAUGACGCCGCUUACUGGGAGUCUCUGGCUUCUAUCAUUGAUGAUCGGAAACUUGAGAUGUGGGAUGCGUUGGUGGAGGCUUUCACUAAAUAUCACUCUGUCCUUACUGAGCGAUCAACCAAGAUACAAGAAACUGAUGGAUUAAGACAACAGAAUGCUGAACUUCGUAUGUUGCUACAUAGAUACAUAUCAUCAAAGGUGAACCAAGAACUGGAAAUCCCACCCACCAGAGUCCUUCAACUAGAAUACAGUUAGAUUUUGAAACACUUUAUUUUCCGCACCGUUUUGUGUUUUUCUUUGAUAAAUGUUUGAAACAUCUCAUACAGUUUAUACUGAAUAUGGGAUGCACAAAAAAUGCUCCUUUACGCACUUUGUGAGUGAAUACAUUUUUACUGCAUAUAAACAAAACAUAAUUUA